AUGGCACGAUUAGCAGCUACUCCGCCUACAUUGGCGAGUCGAUCUUCGUCUAUCGAUAAAGUACCACAAUUGGUGGGACAAUUGAACUCGGAUGGUAUUGCCAGUCUGGAAGCAGACCAUACUUAUACUCAACCACGGCGGUCGGAACCCCCUCGAUCGAUGAAGAUGGCUCUCGGAGCCGUGGACGGCUCCCGACGAAACAGCUCUGCAGACUCCAUAUCAGAAAGUGCCAGCGAGGAGGACUAUGACGCUCUCAGACAUGAUCCUAUGGCAGUAGUUGCUGGUGGCAAAGGCGGUGGCUUUGAAGGGGCAACGAGCGGGCCCGCUGUGGAAACAAAUGGCAGCAAAGCAUACCAGUCGUUGAAAGUGCCUUCGAACUCAAGACCAGGACCGCCACGGCUAAAGUCCAUUCCAGUCACUUUGAACAAGUUGAAGGAGAAAGGACGGUAUAUCUUGACAGCGGAUGAUGACGCUUUGAGAGAAAUAUUGAAAACAGGCAUAGAGAGAGAGAGAAACCCAGCUUCUGCAAAGAAACGGCGAAGCAAAUUCAGUGAUCUGGUAUUCACUCGUCAAUUCACUACUUUUGAUCGGCAAAAUGUGGACAGUGCCGACUCGCCGUUUCAUGGCUUCUUCACUUUGUUCUGGUUGGGAACUGCUAUCUAUAUGCUAAAAUUGGCUGCUGAAAAUUGGCGCCAGCAUGGCAAUAUUCUCGGCAGCAAUGAGAUCAUGGGCCUCAUGUUCCACCGAGAUGUCAUGGUCCUCGCAUUGUCAGAUGGAGUUAUGUGUGGAGCUACUGGCUUCGGGUUGAUCCUCCAGAAGCUCAUUCUCAAGGGAUUCCUCAGCUGGGACCGCCAGGGAUGGAUUAUUCAGAGCAUCUGGGAAAUUUUCUACAUUGUUGCUGUUCUUGGUUGGACGUUAUUCCGGGAAUGGCCGUGGACGCACACUGUGUUCUUCGUCCUCCAUGGUCUUGUUAUGCUCAUGAAGCAGCACAGCUAUGCAUUUUACAACGGCCACCUCUCAGAGGAAUUCAAAAUGAGAGCAACCCUUCGGAAUAAAUUGAAGCAGCUAGAUGGUGUUGCUCCAGCAGUGACACCUUCUGCCAUAGCACCCAAAUUCUCCACAUCUCUAGAUUAUCUUGAUCAUAGGCCGAAGGCCUCAGAUCUCAACCAACGCCGUCAAUCAAGAACAUUCAUCAACGAAGACGGUGCUUCAAACAUUGAUCAAGUAGGCGCCGCUAUGGAGUCCGGAGAACCUCUUGAUCUCGACCAAAUACAAAUAUUUCAGCGGAUCAUCAAGUGGGAGAUAGACGCCCUCACCGAGGACCUCAAAGGCAAAUGCACGAAAGGAGACAAUAUAUUUCCAAGCAACUUGGCAAUCAGGAAUCAUUACGAGUAUAUUGUGCUCCCUACUUUAGUCUACGAACUUGAGUAUCCUCGAUCCGACAAGAUCAAUUGGUAUUACGUUGCUGAGAAGACAGCUGCGGUGUUCGGAGUCUUGGCUGUCAUGAAUCUCAUUUCCCAAGCAUUUAUCUACCCCGUGGUAGUUAGAACUAUCGAGAUGAAGGAUGCGGGCAUGCUACUCCAAGAGCGUUUGGAGGAAUUUCCCUGGAUUCUUAGCGACCUAAUCUUCCCCUUUAUGAUGGAAUAUAUGAUGUGGUAUCUAAUCUGGGAGUGUGUGCUUAACGUUCUUGCCGAGCUCACCUACUUCGCUGACCGCGGCUUCUACGCGGAUUGGUGGAAUAGCGUCUCCUGGGAUCAAUUCGCGAGGGAUUGGAAUCGUCCUGUGCACAACUUCCUUCUACGACACGUCUAUCAUUCCAGCAUUUCUUCAAUGAAAGUCAACAAAUAUACGGCCACAAUCAUCACGUUCUUCCUUAGCGCGUGUGUCCAUGAGCUAGUCAUGUGGUGCUUGUUCAAGAAACUCCGGGGAUACCUCUUAUUUCUGCAAAUGUCACAAAUUCCAUUGGUGCAAUUAAGUCGUUCUAGAUGGCUCAAAGGAAGGGCAACCUUAGGCAAUCUCAUCUUCUGGAUAGGGAUAUUCACUGGCCCCAGUCUUUUAUGCAGUCUCUACUUGAUCAUAUAACGUUCACCUCGAUAGACAGGUCGCAAUACUGGCACUGGCUUUGAUAAAGGAAAAGGAACGAUAUACCCCCGCUAGAACUUGGCAAUCUUGAUGCCCGGUCAGGAAUAUAAUGCUCUGGCAUCGUCGCCACUCAUUCUGAUCACGACAAUCACUUCCUGACUAUGGUGAAAGUUGAAUAUGCUCGUUGUGGAAAAUCUCAUCAAUGGAGGCAAGCUCAAUUUUCAUUGAAUGCUACCACAGAUCAACACUCACCUAACGCCCCUGUCAAGUCCCCGAUACAACCACGAACGCCGCCCCAUAAUCUAAUCUAUUUCCCCGUCUACCUCUGAUUUUUUAUUUCCAUUCGUACGAAAUUUCGAUACCGUGACAAUAGCCUAGAAAAUCGACAAAUCAGUAAACUCCUAUCCCAUAUGUUUAUGAACGUAGAUCAAGCCGAGGAAGCUGGAUUGAAAUGUUUUAAUAGU